CCGUUGAGAGCAGGAGGCCGCUGAAAAAAUCGUCAGGUAGAAAAAAUUUGUAAGGAAAAAAAGAAAAAAAAAACACCCAUCUUUCUACUUCUCCUCACAAAAGUGAACUCACCCGCCUUCGUCAAUGGAAAAGCACGAAUUUCGACGCGUUCUCGAACAAUUCCCCGUCGUCAGAUCAAGAAAUUACUGCGCAGCUGAUUCAGAAAAAGGAUCCAGUUCACGUGCAACAGACGAGGAGGUAACAGAAUGGCAGGAUGCCUGGAGUGAGAUGGAUAAGAAGAGUGAACCAAAAGAAAUUGAUUAUGAUGAUCCCUUUUGGCAAAAACUACGGUCAGCAGCUGAGGAAAAGGUGGGUCCUACAAAGGCAGAGGAAUUUUGCAAGGCAGUUCAAACAGUUCAUAAGCAAAUUGUAUACGAAAAAAUCAGCAUAGAUGCUGCGCGAAAAUUUAUUGGUGCUGAGGGAAACUCUUGGUAGAUCCUCGCACAAAAAUAUGCAACACCUUUAGUUAAAGGAAGCACAUGUUUUCGAGUAUUGCCUCUGUAAGGCUACCUUGUUGGGUGUUCUAGUGUAUUCUCUGUAUCAACGAAGUAAAAUUGUGACUUAAAUGCGAGUAGACCAACUUCUACUUUGUUUUAUGUGUGGAUUUACGCACGUAAGUGCUUGUAGUAGAAUACUGUUACUAUAUCUCUUUGUAUCAGUGUGAAUUUUGCCGUGACAAUCCGAAUUAAAAGGGGGUGCAUACUGGCUUC